AUGAUGGAUGUCAUGGAGAACCUCAAUUUACACAGUUCUGAAAAAAGACUGAAAAAAGACACGUGUUACGAGCAUAUUCUAGAGAUAGGCCACCCAGAGCCCGAAAAACCUUGGAUUUCCUGCAGAUGCGAGAUUUGGAUAAAAUCUUGCGAAAAUGAAAAAAUUAACCUCAAAAAUGCUCGUAUCUGUUCCAUUCACUUUGCUGAAGAUUGUUUUGAGCGAAAGCCAAACCAUUUAAUAGUACCAGGAGAUACAAACACUGUUCGACUGUCCAAAACUGCUAUUCCAACUCUAAAUUUACACAACGAUGACAGUGCAAGUUUCUUACAAAAAUAUCUUAGAUGUGGAAGAAAACGAAAAGUACUGCAAGACUGUAUCAAUGAACCUCUGUUGAAGAAGUCAACAAAUAAUUCGAAAAGUUUUACACUAGCCAACCCUGUGAAUGACAAAGAAAAUGUUGGCUGUGCUGUUCAAGAUAAUUUUGAAAAACAAACUGACAGUAUUGUAAGCUUUACUUCAGAAGAACCAGCACUAGAGGACCAGUGCUUGACGGAGUUACAAUCGCAUGAGCAAACACAUAAUUGUGAAGUGACACGCUUACAAGAAGAAAAUACAAACCUUCAAGCAGGCAAUAAUGGAUUAAAAUUAGUGAACAAUAUUUAAAAACACAAAACAAUGAUUUGAAAAUUCAAAAUGAAGAGUUAGAAAAUAGAUGCACUGCCUUAGAUAUGGAAAAUAAAACAAUGAAAAAAGAAAUAAAUAAACUAAACAAGAAAUUA